AUGCCGUCAGUUAGGAGUCCCGGUCUAGAGCUGGGCCCAGCGGGCAGUGACUCCUUAAAACGUCUACAGGUGAAGGUAUAUGGACUGCAGGAUGACAUGUGGACACCCCCCAGCACUGAGGUCUUCCUUCGCUAUAACCUCUCUCUCAAGGAUUCCGAGGAAGUGAGUGUGUGUUACCACCUGAGAGACACCAGCUUCUCUCAGCUGGAGCCACACGUCUCCCUGGCCGUCAGCGACAUCGUAGCUAACGCCCUUUUCAUCUAUCGAAAAGGCGAAGUGUUUGAUAUCUAUUACAAUGAAUUCCUCCAGCAAGGGUUUCCGAAUUUCAAGACAGCCCUGUUGCUCCAUCAGUGGAUUCAUUAUUGUCACAUCUUCACUUUGGGACAUUACCGAGCCUUCGUUGAUGGCGUUGAGUUCAUACAAGGGCCACUGAGAACGGAGGAAGUAUUGCUUCCCCUCAAUUCUACCCUUAUCCUGGGUCAAGACCAAGACACGUUAGGAGGUGGCUUUGAAAAGCAUCAAGUAUUCCGCGGCCAUAUCGCUCAGGUCAACAUCUGGAACAGGAGUUUGAAUCAAACUGAAGUAGAGGAGAUAGCAAAGUGCAUAAAGCUUGGUAGUGGGAAUGUCUUCUCCUCAGAUACGGAUGAAGUUGAAGUAUUUGGCGCAACUGUCUCGCAAGAAAAGCUCUCCAUAAUAUGCCAGAAAACAAAUGACUUUGUUAUCUUCCCUGAGAAUCGAAAUCACAAAGAAACUUUAUUUUGUGUCAGCGAUCGGCGUCUUAUCCCCUGGGUCGGAUUAACAGAUGAAGACGAGGAAGGAGUAUGGCGGAAGAUUUCUAACAAUGAAACAGUUAAAGAGGUACAGUUUAAUCAUAGACAGCCCAACGGAAACACGACUGAGAAUUGUGCCUAUAUGAACCGAGAUAAUGGACUUCUCAAUGAUGCAAAGUGUUCAUUAGACUACGAGACCUGCGUACCAUGCAUCAAGAACUUAAACCGCACUCUUCGGUUGAGAGGUUUAUGUCUAAAACGGGAAAGGGAAACCUUUUACGAAAUUCUUGGCUACGUCAAUGGAAAACCAUAUUUUCACGGAUAUUAUGGAUUUAUGAUAUACAUGUCUAAGCCGAAAAUUUGGGUACUUAAAAAUAUCGUAACGAAUGAAAGUUUAGCAACUGUGUCAUUACCAUCUGUAAAAUCAUAUCCACUUGGUAAAUACAGUUGGACAAUUGGUGCAGAGCUUUGUGAUUACCGUGAAAAUACGACGAUCUUCUUGUCUCUCUCUACCUGUGAUAGUUCAGAAUUUACUUAAUAUGGUGAUUGUAUUCCCAAGGAACAGAGGUGUAAUGCUGUAGACAACUGUCCUGAUUUCUCUGACGAAGAAGACUGUUCUCUGGUUAAACUGCCCAACAGUUAUCGGUCGGUAAGUCCUCCAGAUAAUUUAAAUAGCACCAACGCUCUGGAAUUAGAAUCACUUGUCCAGAUCCUACGGUUUCUCAGCAUCAAUGACGUGAAAAGAUUCAUCGAUUUGGAAAUUAAUAUCGUGGUAACUUGGAAAGAUGCAAGGCUCAGGUACCUUAACCUGAAGAAUGCAAUGGAAAUGAAUCGACUUUCUCCUUCAGACGAGAAAAGUAUUUGGAGGCCAGUUAUUAGAUUUUUAAACGUCCAUGAUGGUAAUAUAAGAUUGAUCAAAGAAGAACUUUUCCUCAAAAUGACUAAUUCACCGCUCGAAGUGGAUUUCAACGAUGCAAAUAUGGGUACGCAGGAGAAGGCCGGAGUAUCUGGAAGAGAGGAUGCUGCUUCGUAUAUUGUCAGGAUUGAUUCAGAUCGCCUUACACUAAGCUUGACGACGCUGCUGGUGUUAUAUACACUCUUCAAUAAUACCUCUGAUGCCCUUCCUAGUACUGCCUACGUGAAAAUGAUAGAUGUUUGGUUCUUCUACUGUAUCUUCCUCUUAUUCUCCAUCAUCCUCUUCCACGUGAAGGCACAUCACCUGCCGGAUAACGUCACGCAAGUCAUCAGAGUGACACCAAAAGCAAAGUGGUCAUAA